AUGUUCAGUUAUAUCUUCGGCACAUCCGCUGAGGGACGGAAUCCGCCCACCAUCCAAGAAGGCCACAAGGCGGUGGAAGUUGUCAUCGACGGGGAGCACCUGAAAGUCGAUGUAGAUGUGUUGGCUGAGGUUUCAGGAUUGUUUCUCCAAGUGCAAAGUACUGAUGCCAAGGAGUGUCCUUUGCUUGACUUCCCAGGGGGGUUGGAGCGAUUUCGGGACAUUGCAGGCUUCUUGGUGGACGGGGAAGCUCUGUCAGUCACCGAAGAAACGGUGUUGGACUUAAUGGAGGCUACGUGGCUGUUGGAAUGCCCACGCUUGCUGGAAGAUGUCAUGGAGUCUCCGUUUGCUAAGUCGCUGUCGUCCAGAAGACGGGCCGAGAUAUUAGAGCACAUCCUGCCGUACACGGCAGCAAGCAGUCCGGCGGAUUCAGAACACGCGGCAGACAUGCUGGCCGCCACGCCGAGCGAGAAUGAUGUACUCGGCAGCUGGACUGAGCAUGGCAUGGUCAGCGCAAUUUCCCAAGGGACUCCGUCCUUGGCAUGUGGCCAGUUCCUCCGGUUGUUUCAAUUUGAGACGCUCAUGUGGCAAACCACAGAACGUGCUGCAAUCAAGCUGGCAUCACAGCUAGACUCAGGGGACUUCAUAUUGGGCCCGCGUCUGGCAACAGGUAGCUUGCGGGUGUGCGCUGAGUUACUCCGCCUGCAGCGCUUGCGGGAGGAAGAAGCUGGUUUCGUGACAGCGGCCAUGCAGCCAGUCAGUGCCUUGUGGAAGUGCCCCGGUCUGAAGCGGCGGAAUCUCAUGGACAAGCCAUUGCGUGCAAAAGUCUCAUGGGAUUCCCAUCUGUUUGCCUUGCGCUGCAUGCGCCGCCGCCUGGCUGCAACAGCGCCUCCCUCAUUGGCAUCCCGCAGCAAUGUGGAGAUGGCCGGAGAGUUGAAGGAAGACGAGCAGGCACAUAAAGACUUGCCCAUGGAGCUUUGCGAGACGGCGCAAGAUUCGACACUUAUCUGCUUUGUCGAGCUGGUAGGGUUUGUCGAUGUAGAGAGGUUGUUCCCCAAUUGGUCCGCAUUGCUGAUCCGCACCCUGCUGCUGAUAGAUCAGCCAGCAGAAACGGGCAUGGGUCACUCAGGGGUGGCCCGCAAGAUGUUCAAAGCAACGUUCGCUUCCAGCAUCCUGGUGCAAAGGCUGGCUUGGUGUGCGCCAGCACCCGUGCCACCAGCAUGGCUUGCAGAUGUUGUUGCCCACCCGGAUGCAUCGAAAGCUCUGCUCCGUGUUUUAGCUGGCUAUCGACAUAUGGAAGCGGAGGAGUUUUGCGAUUUAGUCGAGCACGUUCUGCUCACCCAGUUCUUAUCCUGGGAGCAUUGCCACGAUACGAUUCUGAAAAGCGAGCUCGUCAACGAGCUGGUAGGGGCGUGCUUGGAUGCUGGCCGCAAAGCUGCAGCCUUGCCAGGCAACAUUAUCCCCUCUCUUGGUGAGAGGAGAUGUCCUGCCCAUUGGGCGGGUCAGCAUGUGCUGUGGCGCCUUGAACAUCUCGGUCGCAGGCUCUUUGACGUGUCUUUCGUGUUCCAGGAAGGCUUCCUUCCACACUCUUGGCCUGAUUGCUUCGACGGGGAUGGCUCAAACCCAGGGCCCCUCUUGCGGGUUAUGGCUGCAGAAGAUGACGUAUGCUGUCCUCAACCGCAAGUAGUUGAAGUGCAAGGAACUUGUCUCUGGGACGAGGGGUUGCUGACGAUUCCGCUGCUUCGGCCGACGAUGAUGGAGGGUAGAGCUGUGACCGAAAGGCCCAUUCUGCAUUACGGCCGUCAAGUGAUUAUGAGGCAUCUUUGGUACAAGCACUCAGGAACUUAUUGCGAUGUUUCGAAGCUCAAGAGCCUCUGGGAUCUAGCAUGCUGGUCUCUUUGCGAAGAUGCCGGUUUGAUUCGCCAGGCGCUUGAGUACCUUAAAGGCACAUACAGGGAGCUCUGCGGGCCUCAAGGUGCUUGGACUGCUGACAGCGAAGAGGCCAUUUUCCAGAUGUAUUUGGCCAUUGACCUGUCGGUCUUACCCAUUCAGGCUUUGCAGUCGCCCUGGGUGCCAGUACAAGUGCAGACAGUCCGCCUUUUCGUGCAGCAGCAGCCGGCCGACCAGUUUCACGAAGAGCUCCAGCAAGAGGUCGACAGAGCCACCGAGCACUUGAAGUCAAUUGAUUUGCAGUGCGCAAAGCUCAGUGAGAAGCUGAACAUGGUGGAGCAAAGGACGGUCAUGAACAAGAGUCAGAUAAGUGAGGCAAGCGUCGCUCUUGAAGAGCAUCAGCGCCGCAAGCGGGAAGCAUCGAGGUAG